AGCGGCAGCAGCAGGAUGAGCUCUGACGGGGGCGGCCGGCCGGCCCGGGUGGGUCUGGUGGAGGUGAUCGGCAAGGGGCAGCGCGGCACGGUGGCCUACAUCGGCACCACCCUGUUCGCCUCGGGGAAGUGGGUGGGGGUGAUCCUGGACGAGGCCAAGGGCAAGAACGACGGCACGGUGCAGAGCAAGCGCUACUUCACCUGCACCGAGAACCACGGCAUCUUCGUCAGGCAGUCCCAGAUCCAGCUGAUAGAUGACGGGGCCGACACGACAUCUCCGGAGACACCUGAGCCCUCCACCGCCAAGGUCCUCAAGAGAGAAAGCGUGGACACGACCAAAGCGACUAAACUGGUGAGUGUGACGGUGUUAGACCAAUUAUUCAGUGUAUACAUUUAUCUAAGAUACAUUCUGCUGAGCUGGUGUGGUGUGUGUGUCUAUGCAGAGUCUGUGUUUGUGUGUGUGUGUGUGUGUGUGUGUGUGUGCAGAGUGUGUGUGUCUGUGCGCGCGUGUGUUUGCCAGCGUGUGCUUGUGUGUCAAACCACCCCGCGGUUCGUCCUAACGCCGCCCGCCCUCACGCCCACCCUGACCCCCCCACCCGUGACCUCUGACCCCGCCCAGGAGGAGGAGUCUCUGCGGGGGCAGGUCAAGGACCUGCAGGAGAAGCUGGAGACGCUGAUGAUGAAGCGGGCGGAGGACAAGGCCAAGCUGAAGGAGCUGGAGAAGCACAAGAUCCAGCUGGAGCAGCUGCAGGAAUGGAGGAGCAAGAUGCAGGAGCAGCAGGCCGACCUCCAGAGGCAGCUCAAGGACGCCAAGAAGGAGGCCAAGGAGGCGCAGGAGGCCAAGGAGCGCUACGUGGAGGAGAUGUCGGACACGGCGGACGCCAUCGAGAUGGCCACGCUGGACAAGGAGAUGGCGGAGGAGCGGGCCGAGUCCCUGCAGAUGGAGGCCGACUCCCUGAAGGAGAAGGUGGACGAGCUGUCCAUGGACCUGGAGCUCCUCAAGCACGAGAUCGAGGAGAAAGGCUCCGACGGAGCGGCUUCCAGUUACCACGUCAAACAGCUGGAAGAGCAAAAUGGCCGACUGAAAGAAGCACUGGUCAGGAUGCGGGACCUGUCUGCGUCGGAGAAGCAGGAGCAUGUGAAGAUGCAGAAGCAGGUGGAGAGGAAGAGCGGGGAGCUGGAGGUGCUGCGCGGCCAGAAGGAGAAGCUCCAGGAGGAGGUGAAGGGCGCCGACAAGACCGUGGACGAGCUCAAGGAGCAGGUGGAUGCUGCUCUGGGGGCGGAGGAGAUGGUGGAGACCCUGACGGAGCGGAACCUGGACCUGGAGGAGAAGGUCCGCGAGCUGAGGGAGACUGUGGUGGACCUGGAGGCGAUCAACGAGAUGAACGACGAGCUGCAGGAGAACGCCCGGGAGACGGAGCUGGAGCUGCGGGAGAUGCUGGACCUGGGCGGCGCCCGCGUGCGCGAGGCGGAGAAGAGGGUGGAGGCGGCCCAGGAGACGGUCGCCGACUACCAGCAGACCAUCCAGAAGUACCGCGAGCUCACGGCACACCUGCAGGAAGUGAACCGGGAGCUGACCAGCCAACAGGAAGCGUCCGCAGAGCUCCAGCAGGAUCCGCCCGCCGAGCUCUUCGACUUCAAGAUCAAAUUCGCGGAAACCAAGGCCUACGCAAAGGCCAUCGAGAUGGAGCUGAGGAAGAUGGAGGUGUCCCAGGCCAGCCGGCAGGUGUCUCUGCUCACCGCCUUCAUGCCGGAGUCCUUCCUGCGGCACGGCGGCGACCACGACUGCAUCCUGGUGCUGCUGCUCAUCCCCAGGCUCACCUGCAAGGCUGAGCUGGUGGGCAGACAGGCUCUGGAGAAGUUUGACCUGAACGAGGGCAGCCUGGGGCGGACGGGGCUGAGGGGCGCCGUGGGGGAGCAGCUGAGCUUCGCCGCGGGCCUGGUCUACUCUCUGGGCCUGCUGCAGGCCACGCUACACAAGUACCAACAGGCUCUGGGCCAGUGCAGUGUGGAGGUCUACAAGAGGAUCGGCUCUCUGUACCAGGAGAUGAGCGUUCACGAGCGCUCCCUGGACUUCCUGAUCGACCUGCUGCACAAAGACCAGCUGGACGAGACGGUCAACGUGGAGGCACUGACCCGCGCCAUCAAAUACUACCAGCACCUGUACAGCAUCCACCUGGCGGACCAGAGUGAGGACUGCAGCGUGCAGCUCGCCGACCACAUCAAGUUCACCCAGAGCGCUCUGGACUGCAUGGCGGUGGAGGUGGGCCGUCUGCGGGCCUUCCUGCACGCGGGCCAGGAGAAGACGGACCUGGCCGGCCUGCUGCGCGACCUGGAGACGUCCUGCAGCGACGUGCGGCAGUUCUGCAAGAAGAUCCGCCGCCGCAUGCCGGGCACCGAGGCCCCGGGGAUCCCCGCCGCGCUCUGCUUCGGGCCGCAGGUGUCGGACACGCUGUCGGACUGCAGGAAGCACCUGACCUGGGUGGUGGCGGUGCUGCAGGAGGUGGCGGCGGCGGGCGCCCAGAUGAUCGCCCCCCUCGGGGAGCAGGAGGGGCUGGCCGCCGUCAAGAUGGAGGACGUGGCCUUCAAGGCUGGGGAGCAGAUCUACGGCACCCAGGGGGCCAGUCCCUACGACUACCUGCGGCAGUCCUGCGGUAUUGUCAUAGCAACCAUGAACAAGAUGGCCACCGCCAUGCAGGAAGGGGAGUUCGACUCGGAGAAACCCCAGAGUCAGAUCCCCCCGCCGGUGGAGCUGCGUGCGGCCGCGCUCCGGGCUGAGAUCACAGACGCAGAGGGUCUGGGUCUGAAGCUGGAGGACCGGGAGACCAGCAUCAAGGAGCUGAAGAAGUCCCUGAAGAUCAAGGGGGAGGAGCUGAGCGAGGCCAGCGUGCGUCUCAGCCUGCUGGAGAAGAAGCUGGACAGCUCGUCUAAAGACGCAGACGAACGCGUGGAGAAGAUCCAGACCCGGCUGGACGACACCCAGACCCUCCUCAAGAAGAAGGAGAAGGAUUUCGAGGAGACCAUGGACGCCCUGCAGGCCGACAUCGACCAGCUGGAGGCGGAGAAGGCGGAGCUGAAGCUGAGGAUCAGCAGCCAAUCGAAGGAGGGCCAGCGGGGGACCUCCCCCUCGGGGAUCGCCUCGCUGGUGGCGGGGGCGGCAGGAGACAGAGACAGGUACUCACUUGAGUUACAACGCAUUGGACAGUGCACCUGUAAACAUGAUCUGUGUCAUGGCUCCACAGUGACCCCUAGUGGCCAGCUGCUGGAACAGACGGCCAGACUGCAGGCCCUCAGCGACACACUGGACAGACUGAAGGACGAGGUAGCCGACCAUGUUGAGGCAGCAGCGGGAGCUCAGACCUCCUCAGACUUCGCUACCUUCCCCUCCACCUCCUACGUCAAGGCGCGGGACCGGCAGGGCGACACGGUGCUGGUGGGCCGGGUCACGGUCCCGUGCCCCCGCGGCCACGAGCAGGUCCACCGCCUGGUCCUGUCCCAGUCCCAGCUCCACAAGGUCCACAGUCUGCUGAAGACCUAGGCCCCGCCCCCGCUCCUGGCCCCGCCCGCCGCCCCGGGCCGGCUGUCUCCUGUCCUCCAGGUAAUCUCACAUAGCCCCGCCCAUGAGGUCUAGGGGAGCACAGUGAUUGGUGGGGGCAAAGGGGGCGUCAUACUCAUACACAACCAAUGAAAUGAAGGCGAGUGUGAAAAUGGCGACAAGGAGGCGGGAGUUGACCAAAGGCUCCGCCUCUGAAGGUGUUCUGCUUAUUUCCGAGUUUGAGCCAAUCAUAUGGCUUCCUCAGGAUUUCUGAGGUGAAGAGGCGAGUUCCCCCCUCCCCCCGGAGCCGAUGUGGCCAUGAGAGAUUACGUUGGGGAGGCGGUGAUGCAGACUGGGAAGGGCUAAUUGUGUCACAUGACCUGUUUAAAGCAACACUACUGCAUGUCCAACUCCCCUGAACCCCAACCGUACCCGGAUUGUAUAGCGGACGCCAUUUUCACCUUCAACUAUUUACUUCCUGUCAGCUGAUGCAACAUUGCAGUGAUAUUUUAGCGAGCCCUGAAUUGGCUUUUGGCUUUGGUGUGUGAGUGCGUUUUAUCCUAUAAACCAGUGCAGUCUAUGAGGCCAAACAAUCUGUGUUAGUCCAGUAUGUUUGUUGAUGAUGAUGACACUGUUGUUGUUUGUGGUGCUGAAGGCGCGUGACUGUGGUUCUCUCCGUAUAAUCUGUCGACGUUUCGUACCGCCAUUUAUAACCUUUCCGAAAGUCAAAGGGAAACCGAGUUUGUGUUAAUUCUGGUGGGAUUACAGAAACGUGUUCGCUGGAAAAAAGAUACGCUGUCUAACUCUAAGGGACUUGUGUAUGUAACACUAAAGAUAACAUUUAACGAACUACGAUGUAGAUACAUACACAUCUAUGGGAUAUAUUCUAGGGUUUAUUAAGUUAUUAGUUAUUUAUUGCACAGACUGUCGACGCCAGUAAAGUGUUCCCUCCUGCUGUGAAAUGCUCGCUAUGAAUUUGUGUGCGUUUUUGUACGGGACAGCAGAAUUGUAUUGGCUCCCAUCGUGUCAAACUUCACUUCCUGUUUGUGUUGCUCACUUCCUGUCCCAGCCUUGACACCAGAAAGCCUUGUGGUAGAGAUCGAUCACUGGUCUUAUUGCUUAUUUUGACCUCGUCAACGAGCAAAGCGACGUCUUUGCCAAAGAAUUUCUUUGAAAUCGUUGAUUGCAAUCAACGGCGAUAAGGUUUUAAAUAAUUUACAAAACAAAAUAUGUCUUAAUUUAACACUUCCUUAUUUAUUUGUUUUUACACAGUAUUAUGUAGAUGAUGCCAUGUAUAUAUAUAUAUAUAUAUUUAUUUCUAGGAGUUAUUUCGUUCAUUUUUGCUCAUUUGUGAGCAUAGUGCAUGUGCACAUUAACCCCUGCUGUUCCGUCGUACGGUUUCCUUUGUCCCCGUGGUUAAAGUCUGCCGUGAUGAAGGUAGCGGGCAGAGCUAGGGACUAGGACCCUGUAACCUGUAUCUCUGUGCACCGCUUCAUGCUAAUCAGUAAAUCAACCAAUCGAUCAAUAAAGACAACGGUAGGACCAA